AUGGAAGAUAAACGAAAUAUACAAAUAGCUGAAAAUAAGUUUCCACUUAUUGAAGGCACAGAACAACAAAAUUUUUUACGAACCACAUAUAUAAAUUACUUAAAUUUUAGUGAAGGUCUUGCCGCUCAGUUUUUUACCGGAAGAAAUAUAGAAGUUCAAUGUAAUAUACUACGAAAUAAUUUCAGUUUAACAGACGAAGACAUAAAUAGUUGGAGAUCAAGGGCCUCUCGUUAUCAAAUGACUCCAGAAAGUUUUGCUUUUUUUUUACACACUGCUAUAUAUUCUGCCGUAGAGAGUUAUGCCGCAGUAAAGCGUUUAACAGCUGAUAGAAGAAAUAUGUUGGCAACAUCAAUAGCAGAACAUGUGACUUCUAUGGAUUUGAAACAGCAAAAAAUAGAAAAAGAGAUCCAAAAAGCAAAAAAGCAUUAUUCAGAGCGAUCUCCUAAAAAGGAAAAAUCUAAGACGGGAAUAAAGCACAGGUCUAAAAAAGAUAAGAAAAAAAAGAAAAAAGCCCAACGCCAUGAUUCUGAUUCAGAUUUCACUUACCAAUAUGGGAAUCCAAUGAAGAUGAUCAAAUCUGGAAUUAAUCUUGAUAAUAGCCCAAAUGUUGAUCAAUCAUCAAAAAUGGAAAUCAUCACAGAUACACCAAAAAAGUUGAAUAAACAUUUAGUUCAACAAGCUAUUACAGGUCAUAUACCAACUAAUGAGGAUACAUUGCGAGUCAGAGACAUUUUAGUAUAUGAUAUUCUGGUAUCCUGGAUGCCAGAGGAAAUUCUAAAACAAUUAACUCUAUGGGGAAAAACUAUUAGUAUGCAAACGAAAUGA